UGGCAUUAUUUUUGCCUCCACUUGAAUCUGAGUUAGUUUACGUGUCUGUGGACGGUUCGACUUGACGCUGCAUGCUGUUACCGUGUCUGGAGGUGUUCUUUUCUUUUCAUUGAGGUGGCUAACCUAUUAGCUAGUUAGCGCUAAUGUUAGUUGAUUAGCUUUAUUAAACGUGGCACAAUUAUAAUCACAAUAAAUCCAAGGUAUGCAUAAUAAAGCAGCCCCUCAAUGAACAUGUAGUCAGCGUUUGUUUUAGAGUAGCGAACUAGAAAUUCCUUCAUUAGCUGUUGUCGGUUACUGGCUAACAUUAGCGUGAUAGCUAACUCCCAGCUAGUCCGUUUUGAGAACAAUGAAAACCAGUCAACAUUAAACUGUUGCACAAUAACAAGCAUUCCAAUACAUUCACAAUUUAAACAUUUAAGUCCGAGACGAUGUUACGCUGUCAGUAACGCUGAUUCACUAGCACAGGGGCGUAGCGUUUCUUUUGACGGAUUAGGAGGUGGGGGAUCCUAAAUUUGGGAUGGGGGAGAUGGUCACCCCAAAACCAAUUAAUCAUCACAAUUUCAGUUUCUUUAAAUGUAAUGAACACUAAAUGAAUCCUUACUUCUAACCAUGUCUUGGUGGGGUUUUGCUUGUUUAUUUUAGGGUGGCAUAUAGAACCUAUUAAAUACUAAAAGUCACCCAAAUUUAAGAUAUUAGGACACAUUCAUUAGGUCUCCUACAGAAAUGUGCUUAGACACGAAUGGACCAUAUACUCACAUAGUGGUAUUGUGAUACUGAAUUAUCUAAACCCAGACUGUAUGGAAGAGAAAUAAUAAACAACUGCUUUGACUUAUAUCCCUUACAAAUCACGUCACUGAUACUAUAAGAUGGACUAAUCAGAAUGUUGUGGCCAGUUUCCAAUCAAUUUUUUUCUUUCGUAAAACUUGAUGUUACCAAUAUUAGCUUGUUCUGAUUUCUCUUUUUAAAAACAACAACAACCUGCUUUACUAAUAUGAGCAAACUUAAACAGACCAUUACAGAAGUAAUCAAACGUUGUGAGUCACUCGUGUAAAAAAAGAAAAAUCUGUUUUAGUAGGAAUAUUUCCUGGAGAAUGUGGCUCAGGGAUACCUAAGUCCAGCUUUUGUUGCAUCCCUUUUCCAACAUGCUUGAAUUUCCUCAUUAAUGACAUUCUGAUUCCAUGAGUUAAGCAAACUGUUACACAUACUGGAAAGAGGAAGGAAUUUAUUGUAUUGGCUAGAAGAUUAAAGUUAGAACACGGUAGCUUGAAUCAUUAUUUGAAAGUAGCAGGAAAACCGAAACUUUUUUUUGUGAUUUUGUUUUACUUGAGACAGUACAGGAUAUAGCCAGAUCUAGAGAAACUCAUCCAUGUGUUUAUCUUCAGUCGCAUUGAUUAUUGCAACAGUGUCUUCACAGGUCUGUACAUCAAAUCAAUCAAACAGCUGCAGCUGAUCCAGAAUGCUGCUGCUCGCGUUCUCACUAAAACCAGGAAGAUAGAGCACAUAACACCAGAUUUAAAGUUCCUACACUGGCUCCCUGUAGCUCAAAGAAUAGACUUUAAAAUACUGUUGCUAGUUUAUAAAUCACUGAAUGGUUUGGCACCACAAAGACCUGCUGCUGUUGUAUCAACCUUCCAGACCUCCCAGGUCUUCUGGUUCUGGUCUGCUCUGCAUCCCCAGAACCAGAACCAAAUGAGAAGUGGCAUUUAGGAUCUAUGCACUACAGAUCAGGAAAAAACUUCCAGAAAACUGUAAAACAGCUGAAACACUGACUUCUUUUAAAUCUCGACUAAAAACCCACCUGUUUAGGAUUGUAUUUGAAAUGUAAUCAAUUACAAAUUUAUUGAAGGUACUUGACUUAAUGUCGUGUUUUGAUUGUUGAUUCUGUGUUGCAUUGUGUUUCUGUGUUUGUUAUGAUGUAAAGCACUUUGAAAUGCCUUGCUGCUGAAAUGUGCUACACAAAUAAAAUUUGAUUUGAUUUGAUUUUGAUUUAAUGAGGGCAUUCAGUCAUUGAUUUGUGUAUGUUGCCAAAGGGAUUCAUCUAAAGGUUGCAGGUUAGUAGUUCUUGUUGGUAACAUUUUUCCCGACCUGGCAUUGCUUUGUCUGAAAUUGCUUAAAGAAAAAAAAAAGUGCUUUGAUGUUGAAAUUUAGAGUAAUGUCUGUGUCUUAAUAACCCAGCAUAAAUGUAACUAUUUUGUGCCUUUUUUUAAAAUAAACAAAUAUCACUAUCUUAUGUCGCAUCAUCUGUGCAAUAUAAAUUGUUGUCAUGAUGUCAAACUUGCACAUUUCAGAUUCAAUGACUGGAAUUGACUGAAACCACCGUCUCGCUGCAAAAAUGUCUAAGAGACCCUCCUAUGCCCCCCCGCCUCCUCCUGCCCCAACGACUCAAAUGCCCAACACACCCGGGUUUGUGGGGUACAACCCAUACAGUCAUCUGGCCUACAACAACUACAGACUGGGAGGGAGCCAAAGCAGCAACAGUCGGGUAACGAAUUCCUCUGGAAUAAACAUCCCAAAGCCCCCAAAACCACCUGACAAGCCGCUGAUGCCCUACAUGAGAUACAGUCGGAAGGUUUGGGAUCAAGUAAAAGCCUCCAAUCCUGAUCUGAAGCUAUGGGAAAUUGGGAAGAUAAUCGGUGGAAUGUGGAGGGACCUCACUGAUGAGGAGAAACAGGAUUAUUUGAAUGACUACGAAGCAGAGAAGAUUGAGUAUAACGAGAGCAUGAAGGCCUAUCACAACUCACCAGCUUACCUGGCGUAUGUCAACGCAAAAAGCCGGGCCGAGGCCGCUCUGGAGGAGGAGAGUCGCCAGAGGCAGUCCAGACUGGACAAGGGCGAGCCUUAUAUGAGCAUCCAGCCAGCAGAGGAUCCAGACGACUACGACGACGGCUUUUCUGUGAAACACACAGCUGCUGCUCGUUUCCAGCGCAACCACCGCCUGAUCAGCGAGAUCCUGAGCGAGAGCGUCGUCCCAGAUGUGCGGUCCGUCGUCACCACCGCCCGCAUGCAGGUCCUCAAACGCCAGGUCCAGUCGCUAAUGGUGCAUCAGAGAAAAUUGGAGGCAGAGUUGCUUCAGAUUGAAGACCGCCACCAGGACAAGAAAAGAAAAUUCAUUGAAGCCACGGAGUCAUUCAACAAUGAGCUCAAAAGGUUGUGCUGCAUGAAGGUGGAAGUGGACAUGGAGAAGAUCUCUGCGGAGAUCGCUGCAGCAGAAGAGGCAGCACGUAAACGGAUGGCAGAACGCGAGAAGGAUGCAGGGGACAGAGGGGCGAGAGAGGCGCCGCCCACCUGCGUCUUGGCAGAGGAGGAAAAACAUGUUUGUGCUACGCAUGGCAAAAAGUCCCAGCAGAACUCUCACAGUGACAGCAGCAGCAAGGACGGAGAGGACGCAGAGUCGAAUACUGCAGAUCCACCAGUAAAGCAAAAAGCUUCAGAGGAGAUGGAGGCCCAUCCAGGCAGUGAGGAGGGGGCGUCAGAGGACAAGGAGAGCGUCCCAGAGGGAGCCAUGGAGGAGGGAACCAGCGACAGCAACACAGGCUCAGAAACCACCUCUGCGCAGACAGAAGACGCCACGACCAGCGAGCCAUCAGAGGGACCCGGCAAGGCCAGGGCAGCCCACUGAGCUCAGCGGCAAACAUGGUGGAAACCGCAGGGCUGCCACUCCAUCUGUUUGACUCUCUGAUUACAGAAAUUGCACAAUCUCAUCUUUGUUGUCAAAGUGUAAAAAAAAGCAGCGUUCAGACGGGCUGAUUGGUUAACAAGCCUGAGGCUGCAGCUGAGGUUAUAAACCUGAAACUUGCAGACAUUACAGUGAAUACAAUAAUAAUAUUAAUAGUAAUAAUAAUAAUAAAAGAUCUGCACUCUAAGUCGACAAAGCGAUUACCUUGUCUAAAAUCAAUGGCUGCUACAUUUUGCCACAAAAGCCCAUGUGAAGGCACUAUAUUUUCGGCUUCUUUGGAAGAGUGCACACAAGCCCUUCAUCAGCACAUAUGGAAACAUAUCUCUAGCACUAUGUCUGGCAGACAAACAAAAUUGCUCAGUGUUAUGUUUAACUUUGUUCUUUGUGUUGUAAUACCAUUGUUGCUUCUAUUGUUUUGCAUGUUGCAGGUCAAAAAAAAAAAAAAACGUUUAAGAGUGGAGCUAAGUGACCAUCUCCUUGGCAGGAGAAUAUUUGUUUACUCUGUAUCAGUAUUACAGUAACAGUAUUGUCUCAGGAGUUUGUAGUCAUUUAGUAGUAGUUACUCUUUUAUUUAUUAUCAGCAUUUUUAUUAUUCUUGUGGAUUGGGUGCUCUAGGUCCAGCUCGUCUUUAAGUAUAUAUCAUCUGAUCAUCGAUGCUGUACAAUGCUAAAGUGUUCUAAAGUUUGCUGGCUGCCAAUCAAAUCAAAAGCAGUAUGCUUAGAACAUGUGUUUGUUUUGAUCAGUAUUGCCGGUUUUUAGCAGGAAUCUUUUACAUGUCCAGUUAAUGUGUACAUGGUGUAACGAGGUUUGCUUAAACGUGAAUUUUCAUGUUGUAAAACGGUUAGAACCCUCAUUAUUAACAUGCAGUCUUAAGAUGAAUUUCAUUUUUGCAUAUUUAUACAAAUAAACUUUUCUACUCUGAAAUA